GGCUGCUGAAACAACAGACAAAUGCCAGCUCUGGGUGUGAGUGGAAAUAUCGGCGUUAAUCCUGACUCUGAACAGGGAGAGUGUUUGCUCGCUGGCUGUUUCUUCGGCGGUCAUGGAUUGAGCAAGUGAGUUGAAGCCAGGCCAGGUCGGGUGCAUGUGGAAACUCUCUGCUUCUUCCGACUGCAGGGCUUCAAUCAUUUAUUUGAGAGAAUCCACACUCCGGGGCCGACGGCUGUAACCUGAUCUGGCCCCUCGUGACUCAGCCUGGAUUCGGUGUGUGAUUUGUCGGCCGGAGAAGCUGGGUCCUCCCCCCCAAUGAUGUGUGCUCACGACCGUUGCUAAUGCUGCACAGUGAUUUGACAGCGGAACUGGCACAGAGCCGCCUGUGUUGCAUACAUCUCUGGAUUCAGCAGUAAAUUAAACGGGGGGAAGAAGCGGCUUGUUGAAGGGCAGGCGACUGCGGUGGAGGAAGAGGGAAACGAGGAGAGAAGGAGACUUGAGGAAGCUUGCUAUGUCCUGUGGUUAGCCGAUGCGUGAGCCAGCCGCCUGGGUAACUAUCGGUCAGUAGUUUGUUCCGGUUUGAAAGCAUCUCGAGCAGGGGGGGGGAGACAGGAGACAAAUGGGACUGUUGAACCUCGAGCUACGCGGGGAGAGCUGCUACCAACUGCUACGCGGGGAGUGAAUGAUCCUUUCAGCCCACCGCUGCUCAUGUCUGACUGAUGAUGGGGGGGAAUCUAGGAUGCCACCGCUCCAUUCCCCAAGAUCCCCUGGAGACCGGGCAGAAUCGCAAGUUCAGCGCGGCGUGCAACUUCAGCCACAUCCUGGUGAACCAGGAGCGUCUCAACAUCAACACUGCCACCGAGGAGGAGCUGAUGACCCUACCCGGGGUCAACCGAAUGGUGGCACAGAAUAUUGUGGCGUACCGGGAGUGCAUCGGGGGCUUCAAGAAGGUGGAGGACCUGGCGCUGGUGAGCGGGGUGGGCGCCGCCAGAUUGGCACAGGUCAAGCUGGAGAUCUGCGUGGCCAGCAGUAAGAGCGUUGGCUCAGCCCAGCAUUCGCCCGGCUCCACGCGCAGGGACCCUUACUCAGAGACCCUCUGGUCCGCCAGCCGGGUCAACGUCAACCUGGCCAGCGCGGCACAGCUGGCCGGCCUGCGCGGCGUGACGGACGAGAUCGCCCGCGGCAUCGUCAGCUACCGCAAGGAGCGCGGGCCGUUCGAGACGGUCGACGACCUGGCCAAGGUGGCCUCUGUCGGCUGGUCGCUCCUCGAACGGCUCAGGCCGCGCGUCUCCGUCGGCCUGUCGCGGCCCGCCUCCACCCACACGGCUAAUGGCGGCAUCGACUUCGCCGCAAAGCCUCGGCCCAGCCCCACCUCGCUCAGCCUGCAGAGCGAGGACCUGGACCUCCCGCCUGGUGGACCCACUCAGAUCAUCUCCACCCGCCCCAACGUGGAGGUCUUCAACGGCCUGAGGGACGGCGAGCGUGUCCUUAGGGUGGCCAGCUGGAACCUCCAGAACUGCUCAGCUGAAAAGGCCACUAACCCAGGAGUGAGGGAGGUUGUGUGUAUGACUCUUCUGGAGAACGGCAUCAAGUUGUUAGCAGUGCAAGAAAUUGUUGAUCGAGAAGCUCUGGAAAAGUUCUGCGCGGAGUUGAAUCAGCCCAUGUUACCAAAUGUUCGGAAAUGGAAAGGUCCCAGAGGAUGCUGGAAGUGUGCGGUAUCCGAGAAACCAUCUGUACAAAUGCUCAAGAGUGCAGAGUAUGCUGGUUAUCUGUGGGACAGCAGCGCUGGAGUAGAAAUAAAGACAGCCUGUCUUCUGGACAAGACACAGACCAACGGGAACGGCAAACCAUGUGGCUCAAGGCCUUACCUCGCGCGCUGUAAGAUUGGAACCCUUGAUGUUACUUUGGUAAACGUCCAUCUGAAAGGCACUCUCGCAGAUGGAGAUAAAACUCCUCCACAUGCCCAUAAAGUCUCACUGUUUACAGACACUCUUCAGGAAACCCUGAAAGGUGAAAAGGAUGUUGUUAUUUUGGGAGACUUCAGUCUAUCGCCGGACGCAAAUGAUUUUGACUACUUACGGAAAGAGAAGUUUCUUCACUGUGUCCCAGCAAAUACCUUCACCAACAUCAGCACUAAAAACCCUCAAGGCUCAAAGUCGACAGACAACAUCUGGAUUAGUCGUACCCUCAAGAAGACAUAUUCAGGUCAUUGGUUUGUUGUGAGGGAAGGUCUCACCAACCCCUGGAUUCCUGAUGGUUGGUCCUGGGGCGGAGUUGCCUCUGAACAUUGCCCGCUGUGGGCAGAGCUCUACGUAGAGAGAGACUUGGGUAGGAAAGUGCCAUUUGGCAAUGGCAGUGCUGUGACUGUCGAGCAAGCAGACGGAAGCACCAAGGAAGAGCGGUGACACACAACACGUGGCCGGUGGACAGUUAUCACAGUACAAUUAUUCACCCAUGAAGCAAGUGAGCGACUGAAUGUGAAAAAAAAAUCUAAUCUGCCUUUUAACAAUUAACUUUCAGUUAUGACGUGGUUAAUUUCAGCUGCAAAUAAGUGUGUUUUUUUUAAUUGAAUAUAGGCUAUUUUUGUUGGAAAGCGAUAAAAGAAGAGACAUUUUAAAUGGGUAGAAAAGGACACUUUAUGCCAAACGAUUUGGCAAUUUAAGUCUAUUAAUGCUGUUUAAAAAAAAAAGUUGGAUGGCCUUAAGGCUAAUCUGUUCACCUGCUCUUUGGAAAACUUCAAAAUACUGCACUAUUUUUAUUCGACAUCACCAGCAAGCUACGAUUGAAAACUACAGCUGCUGCUGGCAUUUAAUGCUUUGGAUAAUACGUGAAAGGGUUAAACUUGUAGAUAAAAUAGCAGAUCCAAUCUUAUUUUGUGAUUUUUCUUUGUUUUCGUUUUUGCACAGAACUUUAGGAUAUAUUUGCUCCUAUUCUGGCAUCCAAAAUAUAAAAUAUAAAACAUUAGUAGAUUAUAUUUGUACUGAGCUCGUGAUGGUAAAGUACUUUUUUUGGAAAAAAAAUAGAAAAACGUUUGGUAUGCUCAGACUGCAUCUGUUGCACAUAAGUAUCACGCUGCUGGUGUGUUAAUCCGCAUUUUACAUGAAUCCAGGGAGUGAAAAGGGAAGGCUGCAUCCAGCAGCGAAAUAGUGUUAGCACAAUAUAACCAUUGCCACAGUCUGAUACUCAGUACUGGACUGUGUCCUUUGGAGAUCUGUGACUAACGCAUUGAAAUGGUACAGUGUAUGACUGCUACUAUAAUUACCACUUGUAAUAUUAGAUUGUAUGGUACUCCGAAAUUGCACUUUUGAUUAAAGAGCUAAUAAAUUUAACAACAUGUGAGCAAA